UAGCCAGAGAAUACGCUGAAGUGAAAAGGACAGACGAAGCAUUCUGCUACAUUUCUUCAUGUGAAAAACUCGAUUUCGAAGAUUAGCAGUUCUUUUUUUCACUCGUGCACAUUUUUAUUACAAGAUCCACAUUUAAGCAUCAUGGGUUUCCAUCAAAUUUUAGUCACUGUAGUUGCCCUCGCUUUAGCCUCUGUCAGAGCCGAGUUCCCAUCCCGUACCGACUCCCCUACUGACUGCCCCGAAGCAGAUCAAGGGUGCUGGUGUCGCGGCUCCUUCGCUCAGUGCUGGAGAACGUAUGAAGAUGCAGGAAUGACAGAAGAAAUUGGAAACAGAAUUACAAAGCUAGACUUAUUGUAUCAGCCAAGUGAAGAGAUUGUGACGUACAUAAGACGUAUGAGCGCCAUGAGGGAAUUAAGAAUUUCAGAGGAUGGCGUUAGCUUAGAUUGUUCUUGCGACCUCAUCUAUGCCCUCGAUGACAAACAUGUAACACUCGUUGACCAGGCCGAGCUGACGUUCAGUAACUGCCAGCAGAGGGGAUGGCCUCGUGAUAGCAUGACUGCCAGAUCCUUCGUUAAUCGCUGCCAUGUUAGUCGCAUACAAGAUGGCGAUUUACGCAAGCGGAGAGAAGCUGAGGAUGUCGACGACGAUGAUGUCAGCAAAAGGGCAAGUCCUCGUAAGGGGGACGAACCAGCUGGUCAUACUCUUAAGGACCUCGCCCCCCAAAACACCAAUCAUCUUGUUAGCAUCGAUGGUGCCGACAAACAUCCAGCCGACGAGCUCGUCAACUUCAUCUCGGGGCAUUCUCCGACUCGACGUGCGACAGACAACGAUGCCGCAGUUUCUGACGAUUCGAAAAGAGGAGCGCGUAAGAAGCGUUACGUCAACACGAUGGGCUACCCCCAAGCCAUGAGUCCGCAAAUGGGAGGUGUUAACUACGGACAACCAGCGCAGCAGGGUUACGGCGCUCAAGGAAUGGGUGGACCAGUCGGAGGUGGACCGAUGGGUGGACCGAUGGGUGGACCUCCACAAUUUGGUGCGUUAUCUCCAGGGCAGGCAGAUACGGAUUUUGGAUCCAGCUCCUCCAGCGUCGACGGAGGUGAUACAACGAUCAGCGCCAGAGUUAUGGACGACAUCAAGGCGGUGCUCGGUGCCACGAAGAUUGACCUACCAGUAGACAUCAACGACCCUUACGAUCUUGGACUCCUGCUACGCCACCUCAGGCAUCACUCCAACCUUCUAGCGAACAUCGGUGACCCUGCGGUUCGGGAACAGGUCCUAAGCGCGAUGCAGGAGGAGGAAGAAGAGGAGGAAGAAGAUGCAGCCACCGGCGCCCAACAAGGCGUCUUGAACGGGAACGCACCAGGCCAAGCAGGCUUCGGUGGCGGAGGUGGAGGAGGGGCCAUGAUGAGUCCUCAACAGAUGGGCGGACAACCUCAAGGGAUGAUCGGACAACCUCAAGGGAUGGGCUUUCCACAUCAAGGGAUGGGCGGACCACCCCAAGGGAUGGGCAUGCCACAUCAAGGGAUGGGCGGACCACCUCAAGGGAUGGGCAUGCCACCUCAAGGGCAACCGUACGGUCAGGGUUAUCUACAGGGGUAGAUCUAACUAGAUAUAGACGCUAAUUUGUUGUAUAUCGGGGUGAUCUCGAGACGUUUGCAAAAUAUAUUCUGAGAGUGGAGUUUCUCCUUUAGAACACGAGUAUUUGAAUUGAUUUUUCAAUUUUCUUGUUCGGUGAGGUGCAACAUCAUUAUAGCUAUUUAGUUUAAAAAAAACGUUUCUUUUUGGCAAAUUUGAUACACGUAUUCAUUGUAAAAAAAACCAACAACACCGACAUGAAAUAUAAGCGACGAUAAAGAGAGAGAAAAGG